ACAGACACAAAGCCACCCAGCAAAACUUCAAUAACCCCUGCAUUUCUUUCUGGACAUGGGUUGUUAUGAUUGCUGUAUCCGGUGCAUUGGGGCAGUGCCCUACCCAUCCCUGGUGGCCACCUUGCUGUGCUAUGCUGGCAUGGCAAUGUUUUGUGGCUGUGGGCACGAAGCUUUGACCCAGACCGAAGUCCUGGUUGAGACUUACUUCGCCCGCAACGUUCAGGACUUUGUGGUUAUGGCCUCCUUUAUCAAAUACUUCCAGUAUGUGAUCUAUGGCCUAGCAUCAUUUUUCUUCCUCUAUGGUAUCCUGCUGCUGGCCGAGGGUUUCUACACCACAAGCGCUGUCAAGCAGACCUUUGGGGAAUUCAGGAGCACCCAAUGCGGCCGCUGCCUCAGCCUGACGUUUAUCAUAGUGACGUACAUCUUGGCCUUCAUCUGGCUGGCAGUGUUUGCCUUCACUGCUAUCCCAGUCUUCUUCUUGUUCAACAUGGAGCAGACCUGCCACGACAUCAACAUCCUGGCUGAAACAACCCCCAGCAUUAAUCAGCACGGCUGGAUUUGCAUGGACGCCAGGCAGUAUGGUCUACUCCCUUGGAAUGCAAUGCCAGGCAAGGUUUGUGGAAUGACCUUGGCAUCUAUUUGCAAAACCAGCGAAUUCUACGUCACCUAUGACUUGUACAUAGCUGCAUUUGCUGGUGCCGGGGUCACUCUCUUAGCACUGUUUCUGUAUAUGAUUGCCACCACCUACAACUAUGCAGUUUUGCGGUUCUUGGGCAGGAAAGGUGUCCGCUAAGUGCAACACCUUUUGUCCCAGUCAACCCCAUCCUCCGGCUAUGAGAGGGACAGUCAACCCAUUCAACAUUAGAGUUCCACUCAUCAACCGGGAGACAGCAAAUUCCACACCUGGAUCAUCUGCUAUAGUAUUUCUUUAGACGUGUCCAAUAACAGACAAAUGAUUCUCAUCACUAUUUUGUAUGAACAACAGACAGAGAGAUGAAGAUAAUUCACACCCAGCAGCAAGCUCAGGCCUCCCCCUCAAAUCCUCCUCUCAGAUGAUUCUCUUAGCUUUGUUGUUCAUUUUCCUGUCGCAGGUUGUAUCUCUCAUUUUAUCCUUUUUGCGAAGCUUUGGUGGUGCUGACGCUGUUGUCGGAUUUUGAUGUAUGACGUUUCAUGAAUAAUUAAGAGCAAUGAUAGCUCACCUCGCAAAUCAUAACUGCAUGCCCCUCCUUCAGUGUUUACUGAUGCAUAAUUUUUGUUGUGAAUAUGAUUUUGUUGUUGCCUCAUUAUCACCAACUUGUGUAUCAACAUCAUGUGAACUUAAUAAAGAGUAGCUGAAUGUACCAAAGUUCUCUGCAAGGGUUAGGUGUAUCCUCCCAUCUCCCUUUGUGCUUUCACUUACAAUAAAUGCACCUUGCAUUCACUCAUAAUGCAUUUUUGCCACUGUAUAAGGGUGAGAAACAAAGAUGUGCUUCCAUUUUCCUGGAGGCUUUUUGUUUACUGCUUAAAAUAAGCUGUUUUUAUGUUACUGAGGUGUUGAUGCUUCAAUAACGUGCCUCCAGGUGACUGGAGUUUGAUGUGUAGCCCUGCUACUUACUGAGCUGGGUUGAGUUGUGUCUGCUUAUUUGAAAUUAAGGCUGAUUAAAUGAUUAAAAUCUG